GCCAGUUGAUAUCAGUCAAACUUGCGCGAUGCGCGUGCGCAACGCAAAUAGACCGUUAAUUAAUCAAAACAUGUAAUAUUUAUUUAUUUUGAUAAACGAAUAACAAGUCGCAGUAAGUUUAUAUCAAAUUAUAAUAGGUUAUGUGUUGUAUUUGUGCUAAUUAUAAAAUAUAUACAGUUAUUUUUACGAUCAUGCCUCCAAACCCAGAAAGACAGACGAGCUUCCCCCAGUUGAAGUAUCCUAUACUCAGGAAUGAGAACCCCAAGUUAGCCCAGCAGUGGCUGAAAGGGAAGCGACUGCAAGAUGGCGCCGAGGGCCUGUGGCGGAUACACGACAAUCUAUAUGAUUUAACUCCUUUCAUUGAAAAGCAUCCUGGAGGAUCGCAAUGGAUACUAUAUACAAAGGGAACCGAUAUCACGGAGCAGUUUGAAACUCACCAUUUGAAAGGAAUAGCCGAGAAAAUAUUGCCCGAUUACUUCGUAAAGACUGUUAGUGUACCAAGAAACUCACCUUUUACCUUUGAAGAGCAUGGAUUUUAUAAGACUCUUAAAUUAAAAGUUAUGAUGAAAUUGAAAGAUGUGCCUAAAGGUGUAAAAAUGAAAAGCGAUAUGGUAACAGACAUGUUACUGCUAGCUUGUUCUAUUUUGAGUCCUCUUAGUUGCUGGGCAUGGAGUAGGAGUUAUGUGUUGGGUGCUUCCCUUACAGUUUUGAACAGCCUAGCGUUGAGCAGUCUGAUGACUUGUGCCCACAACUAUUUCCAUAGGGCAGACAGUUGGAGAAUGUAUUUAUUUAACCUUGGCGGACUAUCAUACUCGGACUGGCGUAUUUCACACGCGAUGUCGCAUCACAUGCACACAAACACACUGCAAGACAUAGAACUGAGUAUGAUUGAACCAUUCCUGCAGUUCAUGCCUUACAGAAAUAAGCCUCUUUGGGCUCGUCUGGGAGCGUUCUACUUCCCAGUGAUAUACUCCUUUGCGUCUUUGAGUAUUAUGAUAAAAGAUUUUAUGCUCUCGCUCAUAAAAUUUGAAGGGAAGAGUAUAAAUUGGACUCACAUCGUACCGAUAACUAUUCCCGCAUGGAUGUGGUACUUCAGUGACAUGUCCCUGCCGUGGGUUGUGGCCGUGUGGAUAACCACCUUAAUGGGUUCCAGCUUCUUUUUCGUAUUCUAUGGCUUGACAGCGGGACACCACGACCAUAACAAUUUCUUUGAUGGCGAUUUUCCCAGGGCUGAAACAUUAGAUUGGGGUAUCCACCAAAUGGACACGAUGGUGGAAAGAAUCGAUUACGCCGGGAACCACUUCAAAUCGAUCACUCGAUUCGGCGACCACGCUCUUCAUCACCUUUUCCCGACACUAGAUCAUGCCGUUUUAAAAUACCUUUACCCGACUUUACUGGAGCACUGUGAAAAAUUUGACAUACAGUUGAGGACAACUACAUUUUAUGGCGCUAUUCUUCGGAAGAGUAAGCAACUGGCAAGAACUCAUCCUAAUGAUUUUAGGAAGAAUCAGUCAUAAAAUUAAUUAUGUCAGUGGAUAAAAUUGUGAUAAAUUACUUUUGAAAAAGAGUAUUAAUGAUAUUGGGGGGGCAUUAAAUACACAAAUGACUGUUAGCUGUAAGUGAGUUUUUAAAUGUUUUGAAAAUAAAAUUUUAAUUUUUUAUAA